CACCGCACGGUUGUUGGUGGGCGCAGUAGAGCGGCUACAGCUGAGAAGAAAAGAUGUUUGGCUUUCACAAACCGAAGAUGUAUCGGAGUAUAGAGGGCUGCUGUAUUUGCAGAGCUAAGUCCUCCAGUUCUCGUUUCACUGACAGCAAACGUUAUGAAAAGGAUUUCCAAAAUUGUUUUGGGCUCCAUGAGGCCCGCUCAGGAGAUAUUUGCAAUGCAUGUGUCCUUUUGGUGAAAAGAUGGAAAAAAUUGCCAGCAGGAUCCAAAAAAAACUGGAAUCACGUGGUAGAUGCCAGGGCUGGACCCAGUCUUAAAACAACAUUGAAACCAAAGAAAAUGAAAACUCUGUCUGGAAGCAGAAUAAAGAGCAAUCAAAUCAGCAAACUGCAGAAGGAAUUCAAGCGGCACAAUUCCGAUGCCCACAGCACCACUUCGAGUGCCUCCCCAGCUCAGUCACCCUGUUACAGUAACCAGUCUGAUGAUGGCUCUGACACAGAGAUGAGCGCUGGGUCCAGCAGAACACCGGUUUUCUCCUUUUUAGAUCUCACGUAUUGGAAAAGGCAAAAGGUCUGCUGUGGAAUUAUUUACAAAGGGCGUUUUGGGGAAGUCCUCAUAGACACUCAUCUCUUCAAACCUUGCUGUAGCAAUAAAAAGUCUGCCACUGAAAAGCCAGAACAAGAAGGACCACAAUCUCCAGCAAUCUCCACCCAAGAGGAGUGGUGACUUCCUUGGAUAGCUGCAGAAGGUUAUACAGAUCCUCUUAUUCUCUGGAAAAAUACUAGAAAAGUGACUGUUCACUUUGGACACCUGCUAUGCUGCCAAAAGACUGUUCCCUAGAACUGUUUUGGAUUUUACUGCUACAAUUCCACAAACUCUGAAGCCAGUUUGUAUCCUUUCAGAAAGACUGUACAUAAAUAUUUAAGAUGCUAUGGAACACUUAGCAAAGCUGAAUGCUGCUGCAAGGUUGUCUAAUCUUCCCCGGCUCUCCACACCCCACUCACUUCACAAGUGAAUACGAGGAUGGGGUUUUGUAUAUUAAAGUAUAUGUAGUUCAUGUUUCUGUAUUGAAAGAAGCAGUGGUUGUAAGGCAUUUUUUUUUAAAGUUGGUUGGUAACCUCCCUUAAAUCCCCAAGAAAAUAUUUCAUUCUUAGACAUGUAUGAGUCAAUAAGAUGAACUAAUACAUAGAAAUGUUAUAAGUCACCUCUCUAGUUAUAUAAAUAUAUAUUUUUUAAAGGUGUGGAGAUCUCACCCUAUACUACUGACGUAACAAAGACAAAUAUUUCAUCCCUCCUAUGUGACACAGACUGGUAAACUGCAGACAUCUCUACUACAAGUGGUAGUUACCUGAGAAGGCCCCAACAUAAAGUGCUCUUCAGAAGGGGUGAGAGAGCUCUCCUCCUUAGCUAAGGAGGAACAUUUACCUAAGAAUUGAACAUAGCAAAAUGGGAGGCUACUUUGUUUUAAUCCAGCAGCAAACACCCUGGACUUCUUGUAGUAACUGACUGGUGAUCAGAGAUGGACCAAGAAAACGUCUUGAUGCCCAACUUAGGUGUAGAUGAUGGCCAAAACUGAGUAACUGCUGUCUGUUGGCCUAGUGCAGCUGAAAUGUGACCACAGACCAGACUUCCUGCUGGUUUUGGACCUGACAUAGAACCAAACCCCUCACUAAGCAAAUCAGGCUCUGGUCCAGGGACUUAAUCUGAUUGCAGGCUGGGGUCUGGAUUCCUGAUUGCUGUUUCGGAACCCUUCCCCUGCAGUGCUUCUCUGCGUUUGGGUUUUGGUUUUUUGUUUGUUUGUUUAAACAACCACCAGAUCAAUCCUUCUGUGAAUACUGAAUACGAAAAGUUCUGUUAAGAAUGGUGCUGUACCGAAUCGAGGCAGCUCUGUUUGCAUGUGCGAUCAAAAGAUAGUAUUUUUUACAUGGAUUCCCAGACAAACUUGGGUGCAAACCAUUGUGACACUCCUUCAAACUUCACUUCACCUGUAGGGUGGAAGUAGCUUCCUGGAAGAGUGUGCUGCAGUUUUAGCUUCCAGUUGCUUCAUGUUCCUUUUAUGAAGGUUUAACUUGUGUAAGCUGGGAAUUCUGCUUUUUUUGUUUGUUUCCGUUUUCGGGGGGAGGGGAGAUUUUUCUUACUAUUACUCUUUUGGGAUAUUCUACAAUGGAUUGCUACAAGCUUUCCUUCUUGUGAGAGUCAUUGGCAUGAUACUGUGGUGGGUAGGGCUUAGGACUGGAUUUCCGUGUAAUCUCACUUCCUGAAAUGGGAAUGCUUAGCAAAUGAAAAUACAGGUGGGGAAGGAUAUGCAGGUUUUAAGAGGAGCCUCUACCCUCAAAGCUUUUUUCUUUUUUUUUUGCUCUCCUUCCGUUGGGUAAGCCAGCCUCUGGAGAGAAAGAACAUCGGGGAAACAGGGCUUUGACUUAUCACAGCCUUACAGCUUAGAGCUUUCAUUGGUCUUAUUUUGCUGUUCCUAAACUCUCUGAGAUUCUGAAGGGAGGACAAAGCUGCCUACCUUGCUUUCAUCUGCAACCAAAUAGAAUCAUAGAAGCAUUUAGGUUGGAAAAGACCUUUAAAAUCAUCGAGUCCAACCGUAGAUACAAUGGAUACUUGCUUGUAUAAUGGCUUAACUAGGUUGGUCAUGUCUAAUAAGGGCUUGAGCAAGAGUCCUAGCUGUUUUUGCAGACACCUGCUUUCAUUUGAAUUUGUGUUUUCAGCAUCAAUAAUUCUGUACACCUAAGGCUGCAGUAUUGGUGGUAGGAUGUGCUCUGAUACGGAUCAUCUCUUCUGUAUUUAUUUAUUUAUUGCUAGAUUUCAACCGCCAAGUGCUUCCCCUACUCCCUCCCACCUCUUCCAUUCCUGGUAGUAAUGCAAAAUGAACUGUAUGUAGUCAUGCACUUUGUAUUAAUGUAUUAGAAAUCUAUGGAACCUGUUUUGUACUUUUAUACUGUUCAGACACUUGUAAUCCAAACUUUUUUUUACUAGGGUAAUGAAUAAAUUUAGACUUAUUUAGAAAAUA